UCAGUAGAACAAUUGUUUAAAAACAGAAGUCCUUAUUCUUGAUUCUCUGAUAUCAAGGACUCAUCAACCACCAUCUUCAGCCUAGUUUCUCAGUACUUUCGGCUAAGGAGGAGACCUUCCUUCAACACUGAACUAAACUUGACCUCUGUAUCACUUUUCACGUACUACAAAUGCCUAAGAACAGCAAGGUAGUAAAAAGAGACCUAGACGAUGAGGUCAUUGAGUCAGUUAAAGACCUCCUUUCGAAUGAAGACUCUUCAGAAGAUGCAUUUAAGAAGAGCGAACUUAUAGUUGAUGAUCAGGAAGAAAAAGAUGUAGAUGUUGAGGAAGGCUCAGAUGUAGAAGAUGAAAGACCAGCUUGGAACAGCAAACUCCAGUAUAUUCUGGCACAAGUUGGAUUUUCUGUGGGAUUAGGGAAUGUGUGGCGAUUCCCUUAUCUGUGUCAGAAAAAUGGUGGAGGUGCAUAUCUUGUGCCAUACUUAGUCUUGUUACUGGUAAUAGGGAUUCCACUCUUUUUCUUGGAGCUUGCUGUGGGGCAAAGAAUCCGACGAGGGAGUAUUGGUGUGUGGAAUUAUAUCAGUCCCAAGCUUGGAGGAAUUGGAUUUGCAAGCUGUGUAGUGUGCUUCUUCGUGGCCCUGUACUACAAUGUCAUUAUUGGAUGGAGUCUGUUUUACUUUUCUCAAUCCUUUCAGCAUCCAUUACCAUGGGACCAAUGUCCUUUGGUUAAAAAUGCAUCUCACACCUUUGUGGAGCCAGAGUGUGAAAAAAGUUCUGCAACCACUUAUUACUGGUACAGAGAAGCCCUGAAUAUUUCCAGCUCGCUCUCACAGAGUGGGGGUUUAAAUUGGAAGAUGACUAUCUGCUUGCUGGCUGCCUGGGUCAUGGUAUGCCUAGCUAUGAUCAAAGGCAUUCAGUCUUCAGGCAAAAUCAUGUAUUUUAGUUCCCUUUUUCCUUACGUGGUGCUUUUAUGCUUUCUGAUCAGAGGACUGCUCCUCAAUGGGUCAGUGGAUGGAAUUCGUCACAUGUUCACACCUAAGCUUGAAAUAAUGCUGGAGCCCAAGGUCUGGAGAGAAGCUGCUACUCAGGUGUUCUUUGCCUUAGGGCUUGGAUUUGGUGGAGUCAUUGCCUUUUCAAGCUACAACAAGAGAGACAACAACUGCCAUUUUGAUGCUGUACUGGUGUCCUUCAUCAAUUUUUUCACUUCUGUGCUGGCAACUUUGGUGGUGUUUGCUGUUCUGGGCUUCAAAGCCAAUAUCAUAAAUGAGAAAUGUGUUAUCCAAAAUUCAGAGAAGAUUUUAAAACUUUUGAAAGCAGGCAAUCUUAGCCAGGAUAUGAUCCCACAUCAUAUCAAUUUCUCAAGCAUUACAGCAGAAGAUUACAAUUUAGUUUACGACAUUAUUCAGAAAGUUAAAGAAGAAGAGUUUGAUUCUCUUGGUCUGAAAUCUUGUCAAAUUGAAGAUGAACUGAACAAGGCUGUUCAAGGGACUGGUUUAGCUUUUAUUGCCUUUACAGAAGCAAUGACCCACUUUCCUGCUUCUCCUUUCUGGUCAGUCAUGUUCUUCCUCAUGUUGGUAAAUUUGGGACUUGGAAGUAUGUUUGGAACUAUUGAAGGCAUCAUCACACCAAUUGUUGAUACCUUCAAAGUGAGGAAAGAAAUUCUCACUGUCAUCUGCUGCUUGUUAGCAUUUUUUAUUGGCCUGAUCUUUGUACAGCGCUCUGGAAAUUAUUUUGUCACAAUGUUUGAUGAUUACUCAGCUACACUGCCUCUGCUUAUUGUGGUCAUUCUGGAGAAUAUUGCAAUUACCCGAAUAUAUGGCAUAGACAAAUUUAUGGAGGAUUUAAAGGAUAUGCUCGGUUUUUCUCCAAGCCAGUACUAUUACUAUAUGUGGAAGUAUGUUUCCCCUUUGGUAUUGUUACUCUUGCUGGUAGCUAGCAUUGUCCAAAUGGUAUUAAGUCCUCCUGGUUACAAUGCUUGGAUUGAAGAUAUGGCUGUAGAAGAGUUCCACAGCUAUCCAACAUGGGGAAUGAUUAUCUGUAUAUCUCUGAUGGUGCUGGCCAUACUGCCUGUCCCAAUAGUCUUCCUGGUGCGCCGCUGCAACCUGAUCGAUGACAGCUCUGGUAGUUUGGCAGCUGUAUCCUACAAAAGAGGACGGAUAAUAAAGGAGCCUAUUAAUCUGGAGGGAGAUAAUACAAGUCUGAUUCAUGGGAAGAGCCCGAGUGAGGUACCGUCUCCAAAUUUUGGCAAAAACAUAUAUCGAAAACAGACUGGAUCACCUACUCUGGACACUGCUCCAAAUGGGCGCUAUGGUAUUGGAUAUCUAAUGGCAGAUAUGCCUGAUAUGCCAGAGUCUGACUUGUAACUGAGGCAAAAAAAAAUGCUGUUUGUUUCUGCUUUCUCACUGAUCAGGGCUCUCCUAAGAGAAGUGGUCAGCUUCACUUCCUAGAGUGAGAUCUCAGGUGCUCCACAGUGAUGGUCUUUAAAAUGUCGUGACAGUCCAUACAGGCUGAGAAAAUUCCCUUUGGAUUAAUUCUUGGUUUUUCAUUUGCACUGAAGGAUACGCAUUCAAAAUCAGUGACAGACAGCCUACAUCUGCCAGCUUAGCCAAG